AAUUGGGUAGGUGUGACUCAAAUACCAGUCACGCCCCUAUUAAACCUGCAAGCAAAACAAAGCAGCAGAAUAGAUUAUGCCCAAGACCAAAAGUGCUAAAAGAAGAAAGGAGGAGAUAGCCUCGGUCCCUUAUGCAAGAGGAUUUAAGCCACCAACAGUCAAGCAAUCAGAGGAGGCCAUAAUGAACAAGAGAAAGAGCUCUACUCCUCCUGUUCUCCCCACUCACCUUCAGCCAUCUGGAGGCCAUUUUGGAGCUAUGAGGCAACCCCUUUGUCAGGAUGACUGGCUCGCCCAAUACAAUGAAGAGGGACAGGAUUAUGCUGGGUUUAUCCAGGACUGUCCCUGGAUGAGCUCAAGGAAAUGGAAGAUAGGAAGAGAGCAGAGGUUUCACUCCAAAGGAUUCAACAUUAAAGAGAAGUAUCCUGACGGGAAGAUAUACUUAUUGCAGCUGGGAGACUUUGAUAAAGGGGAGAGGCUCUAUCCAUCGUUCCAGGAGCUGGUAAAAUACGUUGAGAUUUUCUAUGAUUUACCAGUCAGUGAAAUGAAAGGGGUGGAGCUUCAAAAAGACGGAGACGAUUAUAAAAUUGUAAUUAGUCCAACAGCUAUGAGUGCUAGUGGUGAAACAAAGAAGAGGCGGAGCUCCAGAACAAUACGACACACCCUUCAGCAUCGGUACAAUUCAAGAACCAGACACCUACAGUUAGACAUAUCGUCCAUUCUAUCUUCUCUCAAGCCACACCUACCGGCCGACGCCCUCUUUCUCAUUGCGCUGACAAUGCACGACCUUUUCAGUGACCCUAGUGACCUUUUUGUGGCCGGGAUGGCUGCCGGUAAUCACAGAGUGGGCAUAUUCAGCUUCUCUCGAUACAACCCCUCCAUCUCGUUUUCGCCUGAGAACUGGUACGAGAUAAUUUACCAUGACAACGACGAUGAGGAAAAAACCGAGGAGGGGGAAGGAAAGAGCGUGAUACUAGAAAGGUCCUGUAAAUUACUAGUACAUGAGAUAGGUCAUCUUCUUGGACUUGACCACUGCAUAUGGUACGAAUGCCUUAUGAACGGAUCGGGACAUUUAGAAGAGGACUUUCGUCAGCCAAUGUUCCUGUGUCCAGUUGACCUUCAUAAGGUAGAGACUCUCUGUGGGUUUGAUGUGGUAAGCCGCUACGAGAGACUGAGGGAGUUUUUCAAGAGACACAAGAUGAGGAAAGAGGAGACAUGGGUGCAAGGAAGGCUGGAGUUUAUUAAAAAUGGCAAUUCAAAAUAA